AUGGGCGACGAGGGCUGCGACGACGCGAGGGCGUCGCUGCUGUCGCACGAGAGCGAGCCGGAGUGGGCGCAAGUGGCGGGCAUGGCGAGCGACCUCGUCGUCACCAUCGGCCAGCGCGCCUUCCACGUGCUCCAGUACCCGCUGUACGCCUUCUCCCUGUCAACGGUGAUAGCGAGCGCGGCAGCAGCAGCGGACGAGGGCACGGGCCCCACGCAAGCGGACCUCUCGUUCCUCCCUGGUGGCGCGCUCUCCUUCGUCCCCAUCGCCUGCUACUGCUACGCCCGCCCCUGCCGCCUCUCGCCCCACUCCAUGCUGCUCGUGCGCUCUGCAGCAUCGCUGCUGGAGAUGAGCGCGUGUGGGUCCAGCCACGCACUGCCACUGCCUCAGCUGGCAACGCAGCGCCUGCAGCACCUCCUGCUGCACUGCCCGCCCUGCCUGCAUGUGCUCUCGUCCAUCUCGCUCGUCUCCUCCCCCGAUCCCGCCACCCUGCCUCUCUCCACCCACCUGCUCUUCCACCUGCUCUCACACGUCUGCCUCUGCGCCAUGCUACGCUCCUCCCUGCUCUUCCACUUCCAAGCUGCCACACACCGCCCCACUCCGCCCCACUCAGGAUGUUGGGGUGGUGCAGCAUCUGUUUCCCCUCCCACUCCCCCAUGUCCUUGUGAGCGCAUGCUGCCUCUCUCCCAUGCCGUGCCACGCCUUGCCUCGCGCCGCUCCUCCCGUCUCUUCCUCUACCAACCUGUUCCACAGCCGUGA